AAGGUGCAGAAGACUGUACACCAGACGCUGCCCACGGCCCCGGGAAGUGCAAGGCGCGGGAUGCCGGGUUACAGGCUCAUCUACUUCAACAUGCGGGGGAGGGCGGAGAUCAUCCGCUACAUCUUCGCGUACCUGGACGUGCCGUACGAAGACCACAGAGUCGAGCAAGCAGACUGGCCCAAGGUCAAGCCAGCGCUCCCGUUCGGCAAAAUCCCGGUUUUGGAGGUGGACGGGGUGGCUCUCCACCAGAGCCUCGCCAUAGCGAGAUACCUGACCAAAAACACAGAGCUGGCCGGGAGAACGGAGCUGGAGCAGUGCCAGGUGGACGGGAUCGUGGGCACGCUGGACGACUUCAUGUCGCGGUUUCCCUGGGCAGAGAAGAAUCACGAGGUGAAGGAGCGGGCCUUCGAGCAGCUGCUCACGCAGGACGCGCCCGGCCUCCUGCAGGACCUGGACAUGUGCCUGGGGGAGAAGGAGUGGUUUGUAGGCGACUCCGUGACGUGGGCGGACUUCUACUGGGAAAUCUGCAGCACCACACUCGUGGUCUUCAAGCCCGACCUGCUGGCCGGCUGUCCCCGGCUGGCCGCGCUCCAGACGCGGGUCCGAGCCCUCCCUGCCAUCGCUGAGUGGAUACGGCGGAGGCCCCCAACCAGGCUCUAGGCGCACACGGCCACCCCCCGAGCUGGCCUCCCGCGACUGGCCUCCCCCGAGCUGGCCGCCCCCCGAGCUGACCGUCCCCCAAGCUGGCCGCCCCCUGAGGUGGCCAUCCCCCAAGCUGACCGUCCCCCGAGCUGACCAUCCCCCAAGCUGACCGUCCCCUGAGCUGACCGUCCCUCAAGCUGGCUGUCCCCCCAGCUGGCCACCCCCUGAGCUGACCACCCCCCGAGCUGGCCGCCCACGAGCUGCGCCUGGUGGGCUUGGGAACAGCCCGUGUGACGGCGGAGGAGCGAGAGCCCAGCUCCCCUUUCCCGAGUGGCUCCACCUCCGGGUGCGGAAAGCCACGGGGUCUCCUGGCUCUGCCGCGUGCGUCUGGUCCAGGCGUCCAGUUCACCGCCCAUUUCUCCGUGAUGUGCGAAGGAGAAGUGACCGGAAGGACUCACUUCUCUGUCCUCAGGCCAUCCCCAUGUCACGGCCACGGCGAGCGGUGACCAGCCUGGCCACCCCGGCACGCCAGUGUCCCCGGCUGCUGUCCACAGCCCAAAGCCUGUCCCGGCCCGACAGGCUCUGCAGAACCCCGGAGUCAGCAGGACGCAGCGAAGGGGCGAGGGGGGCGGGGCGUGGUCUGCGGCAGCCCAGGGGGCAGAGACCCCGGGGCUAGGGCGCCCAGAGGCCCUGGUGCGCCUGUGGGUGGGGCGCACGCACGCCCCUCCCUGAGCCUGCACACGCUCUCCACUCUGGACGCGACCCAGACACACCCCCACUGCGUCCCGAAACAUCCCCAGAGUCAGUUGAUGUGUGGAAGCUGGUCGGCUCUCCCGGCCGAGCACUGGUGAUGCUCAGGGACACACACAAACCCGAGGCCCGUGGGAACAGCUCCCUGCGCACAGAGGGGGACACGGAAACCGGAGGGACCAAAGGACUCCAGGGAACCUGAGGAAACGCAAUGGCUACAAGGGCAGGGCGGCUGCCUGGGUCAGCCUCGGGCCCUGUGUACGGUCAGAGAGUCAGUGAGAGGGGGCGAGGGUGUGGGGGAGACGGAUGAGAAGCGGCUGGGCAGGGCUCAGCCCAGUGGGGUGGGCGCUUCUCUUCCCUGCGGCCAAUCCAGCUUUGAUCCCCGGACCCCACAGGGUCCCCCAGGCAAUGGCAGGGGUGACUCCUGAGCACAGAGCCAGGAGUGACCCCGAGCAUCACUGGAUGUUACAGAGAGAGAGAGAGACAGAGAGACAGAGAGACAGAGAGAGGGAGAGACAAAGAGAGAGAGCGGGAGAGACAGAGACAAAAGACAGAGAGGAACAGACAGGGAGAGACGGAGAGAGACAGAGACAGAGAGAGGGAGAGACAGAGACAAGAGACAGAGAGAGCAAG